AAAUUGAGCCCUAAUUCCUUGAUCACAGCAGCGAAAUUAUUGUGAACAUUGUUCAUCGAUGAAUGAUUGCUUAAACGAGAUUACUCGCGCUUUGCUCCAGUCCGAUGUUUCUUUUCCCCUUGUGAAAGAGAUGCAGACCAAUAUUAAGAAGAUCGUUAACCUCGACGAUCUAGCAGCUGGCCAUAACAAACGGCUGAUCAUUGAGCAGGCUAUCUUCAAUGAACUCUGUAGGAUGAAAGCUGUCUUUGCUCCCAAAAAGGCCAAACCUAGUAGUGUAGUUAUGUUCGUCGGGUUACAAGGUGCUGGAAAAACCACAACAUGUACCAAGUAUGCUUACUAUCAUCAGAAGAAAGGGUACAAAACAGCUCUAGUGUGUGCGGAUACUUUCAGGGCCGGUGUUUUCGAUCAGCUCAAACAGAAUGCCACCAAGGCUAAGAUCCCCUUUUAUGGAAGCUACACGGAAUCCGAUCCUGUGAAAAUUGCUGCUGAGGGAGUUGAUAGGUUCAAGAAAGAAAAAUGUGAUCUUAUUAUUGUUGACACCAGUGGUCGCCAUAAACAAGAAGCUUCUCUCUGUGAAGAAAUUCUUCAAGUUGCUGAAGCAACGGAACCAGAUCUUGUUAUAUUUGUUAUGGAUAGCAGUAUUGGUCAAGCUGCAUUUGAUCAAGCUCAAGCAUUUAAGCAAACUGUAUCUGUUGGAGCUGUUAUUAUUACUAAGAUGGACGGCCAUGCCAAGGGGGGUGGUGCUCUUAGCGCUGUAGCAGCUACAAAAAGUCCUGUGAUAUUCAUUGGAACAGGAGAGCAUAUGGAUGAGUUUGAAGUGUUUGACGUCAAACCAUUUGUCAGCCGUCUCUUAGGAAAGGGUGAUUGGUCUGGACUCGUGGAUAAACUACAAGAGGUGGUACCUAAAGAUCUACAGCAUGAACUUGUAGAAAAUCUCUCUCAGGGUAACUUUACGUUGAGAACUAUGUACGACCAGUUCCAGUGUUCUCUGCAGAUUCCUCUUAAUCAGCUUUAAUCGAUGCUGCCUGGAAUUAGUGCUGAAUUGAUGCCGAAAGGACAUGGUGACGAAAGCCGAGCGAAGAGAUACAUGACAAUGAUGGAUUCUAUGACAAAUAAAGAACUGGACAGCUCAAACACAAAGGUGUUUAACGAGUCAAGGAUAAUGCGGAUAGCGAGAGGGUCAGGGAGGUUAGUAAGAGAAGUGAUGGAGCUGUUGGAAGAGUACAAGAGGAUAGCAAAGACUAUGAAAGGGAUCAAGAUCCCAAAGAAUGGAGACAUGAGCAACAAGGUCAUACCGCCUCAGAUGCUAAAACAGAUGGGCGGCAUGAGCGGUCUGCAGAGUCUGAUGAAGCAGAUGGGUUCGGCUAAGGACAUGAUGGGAAUGUUUAGUGGCGGAGACAAGUAGUUUCUAUCUUUCUUGCACACAGUGCACGGAGGUCACUGGUGAAAAUUUGUUUACAUAUACCUUAUAAGAAACUCGAUUUAUAUAUAUGUAACUAGGAAGAAGAUAACAUGUGUGUUUAACACAUUCUAGUGACUUAAAAAACUAA